CACGCACGAGCCCGGUAGAGAGUUUGCCGACGAGAAUCCUGUGGAUAUUCAAGUGUUUGGAUUUAUCUGAGAGCUUGUUUUUUUAUUAUUACUGUUUGGUUGUACUUUACAUGCCAAAGCUGGGGGAACAGACUGAAACACGACAGACUUCUGCGCGAAGCUUUACAGUUUUCGCCACAAUAAUUGGUUAUCGGAUGGACCAGCAUCCCAGCGCCCGGAGCUGCACCAGUCGCGGGGCUUCGUCCUGCGAGGCCGUCCCGACUGAGCCCUCCAUGAACCUGUACAUCCACUCCACCACCGGCACACGCUUCGAGCUCUCCCUGCCCCUGGAGGAGACCGUAGAAGGACUGAAGAGGAGGCUGUCGCAAAGACUUAAAGUACCAAAAGAGAGACUCGCACUGCUACACAAAGAAACGCGAUUAAGUUCAGGCAAACUCCAGGAUCUUGGCAUAUCUGAUGGGAGCAAGUUAACACUUGUACCAACAGUUGAAGCAGGAUUAAUGUCUCAAGCAUCAAGACCCGAGCAGUCCGUCAUGCAAGCCUUGGAGAGCUUAACAGAAACUCAGGUCAGUGACUUUCUGUCCGGCCGCUCCCCCCUCACCCUUGCUCUGCGUGUAGGUGACCACAUGAUGUUCGUCCAGCUCCAGUUGGCGGCACAGCAGUCUGGCACUCCCCAGCUCCAGCACAGACACGUCAUCACCCGGGGCAACGCAGAGACCACAAUGGGACAGCCGACGGGACAGCCGACAGGGCAGCCCCGCGUUCCCCACCCUCACCCGCACUCCCACCAUCACCCUCAUCAUCCACACAGUCACCCCAACCCCCACUUGUCCCAGCCUCACCCGGUCCCCUCUUCACCAGGAUCCCCUUCCUUCCCCCUGCCCUCUACGCACCACCAGCCACUCCCUCCCAUGUACCACCAGUCGCCCUCCUCUACUCACUGUAGCCCUCCCACUCCUCCUCCUCAGCCCCACUCCCCUCGCCCAUCCCACAUCCCCGGAGGUCUGUACCGGCCCCCUCCGCAUCACCAUCAUCACCACCACCACUACCACCAACCUUCCUCAGGCCAACCCAGCCACGACAUUGGCCAGGCCAGCCCUGUAGCCCCGGUCCUCUGCCCUGAGGCUAACUGCAGCACCAACACCAACACCAACACCAACACCAACACCAACACCAACACCAACACCAACAACAGCCCCAACACCGGCACCAGUCCCUCGGCACGUUCCCGCAAACCUGGCGCCAUCAUUGAGAGCUUCGUCAACCACGCUCCCGGAGUCUUCUCAGGGACCUUUUCAGGCACUUUGCACCCUAACUGCCAGGACAGCAAUGGGCGUCCCAGACGAGAUAUCAGUACCAUCCUUCAGAUUCUCAAUGACCUCCUGAGCGCUACACGCCACUACCAGGGCAUGCCCCCCUCCCUCACCCAGCUCCGCUACCAGACCCAGUGUGGUACACCCACCUCCCCGUCUCCCUCACCUCCUCCUUCGCCCCCGGUUGCUGGCAUGACGGGCCUCUCUGCCAAAACUACCUCUGUGCCCGCCAGCAGCCCUAGCAGCCCUCCGCCGACUCUUCAUCCGCUGGUGCAGUGCCAGAGCCAGAUCCGCAUGUGCAAACCCCCUGGUGACCGUUUGCGGCAGACCGAGAACCGUGCAACCCGCUGCAAGGUGGAACGUCUUCAGCUGUUGAUGCAGCAGAAGCGCCUGCGCAGGAAGGCCAGGCGGGACCAGCGCGCUCCCUAUCAGUGGCUGCCCAACCGCAAGGCCGGACGCAGCAACAGUAACAGCAGCAUGUCCAGCGAGGGCUCCCUGGACCUGGACUUUGACGAUUCAGUGUGGAAGCCCGACGUCAAAGCCGACUUGAAGUCAGAGUUCGUCAUGGCCUGAACCACCUGAUCCCAGGGGAUAGAUUCAAAGAUGUGCAAAGCAUUGCUUGGGAUUUACUUAGAGAUGUUUUAAGGGAGUGGAUUGGCAGGAGGGGACUCAGAACUGUGCAAAAGAUGUCUUGUGCAAAGAGGAAAUCAAAGUUGUCCUUGUGACUAGCAUCUAUCACGUGGAGAAAAAAAAGGCUCCCUGCAGACAUUAAUCCCAUUCUGUCCUUCACAGUUGACCUUGUGGAAAACAGCAACAAUAGCAACAGAACUUUCUUUGAGGCUUGGAUUUGGACAGGCAACAACUGGACUUAACUGUGUACAAGACUUUUACGGUAUAAUUACAGAGACCAUACCUGAACUUGAGCAUAGCAGAAUUCAGUGGGUGGUGGUGGUGGUGGUAUUUUCAGCUUUGUUUUUUUAAGAUUUGUUUUUUAAAGCGCACUCUGGACAGCAAUGAAGAGAUCCACACUGGACUAAUUAACAAGACAGGAGCACCAGAGGCCUCAGUGUUUCCUAAUCACAAAAAUGGCAGAACUGCCGAACUAUGGAUUAUUCUAACGGGCAUUCUUAUUGAUCUCAAAACUCACCAACCAGAGUCCAGUUUUUACCUGUUACGGGGUGGUUAAACUUUUUUUUUUUCAUUUUGAAACAUAUUAUUAUAUUUUAUAAACAAAAAAUAUGUAGCAUUGUUCACAAAGCAUUCAGGUUUUCAUAUAACAGUUCAAAGUAGUUGUUGAUUUGCACAUUUUCUUGAUUUAUAACAGCUGGUCAAAGUGUGCAAGAAGGAGGUGGGGCCUGAAAUAGAAUAAAAAAUGAAUAUGGAAGUAUUGAUAUCAACCUCAGUGACAUAGGGUAUCGAUAGGAAUUAUUAAUGAGUAAACAAAAUGAAUUAAUAUUAACAGAAAGUGCUUUAGAGGAUUUUAAAAUCUUUAAAAUGUAUAUGGAAAAAAAAUCUAUUUUUAUUUCUCUUCCUAUCUGCAGUUUUCAAAAAACAGCAGCCCUCUGUGGCUUCAGUCAAGUCAUUGACUACCAACAAACACGUACAUCCAUUCAGUCAUUCAUUAGCUCAUUCAUGAAUUAUAGUCGUCUAGUCGCAACAGAUGAAACGAAAAGAUAAUUUUCAUCCAGCCCACCUCAUGUUUUACAGACCUGAAUGGACUUGUCGAGGGUUUGUAUUAGAUUGUGUACAUAAAUGUGACAAUUGGCACAGGUUUAUGAGGGUGUGUGUACGUUUGAUUUUUAGUAUAAAUUGAUUUAGGAUAUCCCAUGUUUCCGUCUGAGUUGUCUUCUCCCAGCUAACUCCAUAGUUGCUUAAAUCAGCUGCAGUGAAUGCAUGGUUGCACGGCAUAACCAGAUAAAUUCAAAUUAUAAGUUGGUUCCCAGUUCUAGGCCCAUUUCAUGUGUACCUUUUACCACAAGUCCUCAUAUUAAUGACUCUAUUUUUUUAUUGGCAAAGAGAGGGAGAAGUGAGAUCUGUAUCCAGCAUCAUUAUCUAGUGCCUCCACCAGGACAUCCAUUGACAUAUCAGGUUAGGCCUUUCACAGUUUUGCUGCUACAUGUGGGGACUUUAAACAUAAAAAAAAAAGUGGGAGGGAAAAAGUGACUUUUCUUUGCAUGCAGAAGUGUGAAUUACACUGAUCUUUUUUCUAUUGAUGGAAGAAAAAAAAAAGAAACUGGUGCUGUGGGAAUGAAGGUUAACAACAUGCAUGCAUUUGUGAAGAAAAUAAACAAUGCUGCUUUUGUUGGUUAGGUUUUGUAAUUUUUAUUUUUCAAUGUUAGAACAACAGUGUCCUGCUAAAGUAUUACGACGCAUAACCAAAACAGAUGAAGUUAAGUGUGGACUCACAUCUUGCUUAGCACUGAACAUUCCUGUUGUGUGACAAUGAAGAUAAUGAUGAUGAUGAUGGCAUUGAUGAGCAAAGAGCAACUGACUCUCUACUCCCUGAUCGCUGAUUUUACCCCCCAUGACUCUCAAGGACCCAGACAGCCUACAAACUGUUUAGCCACCUCCUCCCCUCCUCCUCCUCCUCCUCCUCCUCCUCCUCCUCCUCCUCCUCCUCCUCCCCCAGCCUGAAUGCCAACCGAGGCUCGUGUGGACAUACUCGCAGGGAACCAACAGACCAGUGGAUUUAUAGUAACUGUCCGUCAAACGUACUCGAGAGAAGACUGUCUCUUUAUCUGUCUGUCUGUCUGUCUGAUCGAUCGACCACCCUACCACAAUUGCACUCCCAGAGAUUGCAGUGAGAGAUUACCUUUUUGGUGAACCUCAUCUUUUUUUUAAGUGGCCUUACCUUUCACUAAAAAAAUGAGACACUUGGGGACAAUGGGGGCGGGAAUGUUUUUUUUGUUUUUUAAACUUUCUGUGUAUCGUUGUCGGACUUGUUGUCAUCAAGGCACCAUUUUUGUCACUGAGGACACCGGGCAUCUGUUGUUUAGUGCUUUUAGCUGGUGGAGUCUCUAUUAUGUCAAGGCUUCUGUGCCUUAAAAUGUUGCCCUUGCAGUGUCAAUGUCAGAUUUAAGCUGAACAAGUUGUUUUCAUUGAUUGAUACACACGACUGUAGUAUUUGCAGCCAUGAGAGUCGUAGAUUUUAGGGGUAAAGCUUGUUUGAGUGAAUCAAAUACUAUUCAAAAGUUGGUGUUGUUCCUCAAAUAUUGUCUUUGUCCCAUUUCUUCAUUGUGUUGCCAUGCUUGUUGGUCUCCGUUGUCUGAACCGUACAUCCCUCUUGACUCAGUCCUCCCACCAACAAGCUGCAAAAAGCUACAAAUCUGUGUAACUUAUGUUAACUGAGGAAGUUUACACCACAGUACUUACGUGGCAUGAAACAGCCCUGAUUCAGAAUAAGAAUGGUCCUCUGAGGACUCCAGACUACAUGCACUUCCUGUUUCCUUGGAUACAACAUUAUUAAAGGACAAUUUAUCCCCAGCCCCUCCCAAAUUUUAUUUAAUUUUUUUGUAUAUGUAUGAACUAUACUCUGUGUGUGCCUCACUUCUGUGUGAAACUCAAAAAGAUGAAACAAAACAAAAAAGAUGACAAAGCAUUACAGAGAGGAAAAAAACAGUAUGUUGGUGGAAUUCUGAUCACGUCAUUUAAGUUGCCUGUUCUUUCUUGUAGCCAACUAUUGAAAAUAACAGGAUUCAAGAAUACAAUUUACAAUGUUCUAGCUCUAGACCGGUGUAGCACAUGUGUGACUGUAUUAAUUUAUGAAACCAAAAUGGUAACUGUGAAUUAUGUAUUUCUUUGUGCAUUUUUUUAAAAGUGGGGGAGACGGUUGUUGGGACAUGUUAGCAGCUGUUGCUCGUGUCCGGAAAAAACUUGUUUUUGGUGGAAUAUAAUGGAAACAAACAUGUUUCGGAAAAAGAAAAAAACGGGGGAAAAAAAUUUUAAAAAAUGAAAAAAAUAUAUGAAUAUAUUUUUUUUCUUAAGCAAUACAUUUCAGUGUGACUUGUGAUAGAACAUUUUCUUUUUUUAGGUAAUAAAUAAAUAA